AUGUUUCAUUUUCUCAAAUCCAUUUCAUGGGGUUUGCUUGUUUCUUGUUUGUUUUCAGACAUGGAAGCGUUUCAAGGGACGAGGGAUGACAUUUCGUUCCAAGUGGGUCUGAUUUGGAGCCAAGUGAAGGAGCCAGUGAUCGUGCCACUGCUGAGAGUGGCAGUGUUUGCGUGUUUGGGCAUGUCGUUGAUGAUGCUGGUGGAGAGGGUGUACAUGGGCCUUGUCAUUUGUUUGGUGAAGCUGUUCGGUCGAAGACCCGAGAAGCGUUACAAGUGGGAGCCUAUGAAGGACGACGUUGAGUUGGGAAACUCUACAUAUCCCAUGGUCUUGGUCCAAGUCCCAAUGUACAACGAAAGAGAGGUUUAUCAACUCUCAAUUGGAGCUGCUUGUGGCCUUUCAUGGCCUUCAGACAGAAUCAUCAUACAAAUUCUUGAUGAUUCCACAGACCCAUCAAUCAAGGAGUUGGUACAAAUGGAAUGUAGCAGAUGGGCAAGCAAAGGAGUGAACAUAAAGUACGAAGUGAGGGACAACAGAAACGGGUACAAAGCAGGGGCUCUGAAAGAAGGGAUGAAACGUAGCUACGUGAAGCAAUGUGACUAUGUAGCCAUCUUUGACGCGGAUUUUCAACCAGAGCCUGAUUUCCUCUGGCGAACCGUCCCAUUCCUUGUCAACAACCCCGAACUUGGUCUCGUUCAGGCGCGCUGGAAGUUUGGAACUGCGGGCUUAUGGAGAAUUUCGGCUCUGAAUGAGGCUGGGGGAUGGAAGGAUAGGACCACAGUGGAAGAUAUGGACCUGGCUGUUCGAGCUAGUCUUAAAGGAUGGAAAUUCUUAUACCUGGCCAAUUUGAAGGUUAAAAAUGAAUUACCAAGUACUUUGAAGGCCUACCGCUACCAACAGCACAGGUGGUCUUGUGGACCAGCCAAUCUUUUCAAGAAAAUGGUCAUGGAGAUUAUGAGGAACAAGAAAGUAUCCUUGUGGAAGAAGAUAUAUGUGAUUUACAGCUUCUUCUUCGUCCGCAAGGUGGUGGCCCACAUAAACACUUUUGUGUUCUAUUGUAUUGUGUUACCUGCAACAGUUGUGGUGCCUGAGGUGACGGUCCCCAAGUGGGGUGCUGUGUAUAUCCCUUCCAUCAUCACACUCCUAAAUGCUGUUGGAACUCCAAGGUCACUGCACUUGCUGGUCUUUUGGAUUCUCUUUGAGAAUACCAUGUCUCUGCAUCGAACAAAGGCUACAAUUAUUGGCCUACUAGAGGCUAGUCGAGUGAAUGAAUGGAUUGUCACUGAAAAACUUGGAGAUGCUCUUAAGGGUAAAGGUGGGGGUAAAGCACCCAAGAAAAUUCGAUUCAGGAUUGGAGACAGGAUUCACAUGUUGGAACUUCUUGUUGGAUUCUACCUCUUCUUCUGUGGCUGCUAUGACGUUAUGUUCGGGAAAGACCGCUUCUACAUAUUCCUAUUCAUUCAAUCAAUUGCUUUCUUCAUCAUGGCAUUUGGAUAUGUUGGCACCAUCGUUCCCAACUCCUAA